AUGGAUAUUUUAAAAGUAACAGGAGAGCCGCUACCCUAUAGAGUUCUGUAUAUUGAUAAUGAUAUCAACAAUAUCAAAAGCGCAAAAGAGAUCGGAAUCUUGACAUGUCAUGUGGUGCAAGGCUCAAACGGUGUUCCUCUCCCAAACACCGUAGAUUUCCAAAUAGACACAAUCUAUCAUGUACAGACCGACCUUAAGGAAUUGAAAAAUUUUAAGCGACAAGGAGACACUGACGAAGAACGAGGCAGUCCUUUAGCUAUCAGAAAUGAUAUCGUUAAUACCAAAUCAAAACUUAUAUCAAACAGUAGUACUAAUCUUGACAAACGACACAUGGUUUCCUCGACGCUCUUGCAAGAAGAUCUUCCUUUUAAACCCAAUCCCAUCCAAAGGCCCUCUCCCAUCGUUAAUAAGGCAUCCCCAACUCCUGAAGUUGUGGAAAUUCCAAGUUCAAUACCAGUAGACAAAAAAACGCCCUUAGAGAAAAUUAAAUUAAACUCCAUUGAUCCCUCUUCGUCAAGCAACUUUAAUAACACAAAUAUAGGAGUGAGAAACAGUAUGGCAUCAGAAAGUUCUUCGAGCAAUACGCCAAAGAAAAAGAAGAAAAGGAAAAAGAAGGAAAAAGAACCUAAAGUCUCUGAUGGGGCAGGAGACGAUAGCGGAUCAGAAAAAAAGAGAGUGAAACAACUACCACCUCUGCAAACAACGCCAAAUGGUCUUAACCAUGUUAUUGACGACAUCACGUUCCCAAAACAAAAACAAACUGAAAUUUCCAAUACCAGCGAACUUUUGAAAGAUUUAAACUUGGAUGAAGCACAUGGAAAGAAGAAGCUAAACCCUUUACCUUUUAGGAGGCCAGAUGAUGAUCCUUUCUCCAUUCAAAAUAAUUCCAAGAAAGCUUAUUCAGAAUUAAUGUUUUAG